AUGGAUUCCGUGACUGCGUCCGCUGAACAUUUUAUUUUCGUGUCGCAAAUCCACUUUUGCGCAAUGUAUGCCGUGGUGGUUUGGGACUGGCUCCUCGCUCUACCUAAGGAAUGGCGGUUUAUUUGGAAGACGAGCUGGACGCCUGUCAAAGUUGCGUAUCUCUUCUGCCGCUAUUGGGUCCUAGCAGUAGGGCCGGUGCUAUUGUGGGCCUUCGUCAGCAACCAUUCAUGGCAAACGUGUGAGAGGAUCUAUAGAAUCCCCGUCGCAAUGGCGAUGUGGAACCAGGCAGCGGCUGAGACAAUCCUACUUAUUCGCACAUAUGCAUUUUUCAACCGCAAUAAUUACAUUCUGGCCCUUCUCGUGUCGGCGCUCGGCGGUGUCGUGGCAUACCAGCUCUACGUAGCCACUACAGAAAUGCUGUUGCUGUCAUUCGUCCCGCUCUCUGCUACUAUGGGGCCAUGUUUUCCUCGGUCAAAGCCAGGCUCCGCUGAUCUCUUGGGCUUCUUUGUUGCGCCUCUCAUGUAUGAUACAAUGGUUACGAUUAUGACGAUUGGGAAGGCCAUCGCUAUCCGCCGCCGCAGUGGAGGCCCUAACAGUAGAUUGAUUCAGACGUUUAUUCGCGAAGGUGUCUUCUACUACCUGCUAAUAUCUGUGGCCAACUUGGUGAAUGGUAUAUUCUAUCUUCAACCUCGUCAAGUAAUGUCGGCUAUCUGUAUCCCGCUCAGCGUGAUGCUUGCGCCGAUCCUCGCGUGUCAUCUUAUCCUUGAUCUUCGAGAACGGGGCUCGGAGACCGUCUCUCAGUCAGCAGGAACCAUUGCUUUCACAGCAGGAGUCACUACUUCGAGCAAGUCAAAUCUCGGUUCGCCGUUUUCUGGGAUGGGGUUUGGCUUCGGGACCCCGUCGAGCUCGAAGCCGCUCGUGCGUCCAGCAGGGGUGCUGCUGAGUACAAUGGGCAGCAUACCUGUCGAUGGAAUGGACUUGGCCAUGGCAAGUGGGCUAGAGCUUGACAGUCUGCAAGCAUAUGGACCGGACGAGUCUGACGAUAAAGAUGUAGAGAUGGGACUGGGAAGCAACGUAAGUAGAAUCCGGGUGGAGGUUGAGAAGACGACGAUGUGA